AUGGUUAAAUUAACUAAACCACUGACAUCUUCGAAAUGGGUUCAGCAGGCCACCGUCGUGAAAUAUGGUGCAAACAUUCCCGACAAUUUGCCGAUCGAUUUGAUCGGAUGGCGAAAAAUUGACAAAACACUUCGUAACUUGACAGUCCAAACUAUCAACAAUAAAGUUUGUGCCCAGCAGUUAGAGAAAUCUGGAUUCGAUGUGACCGAAAACAUGAUCUGCUCGAGAGUAUUAGUAGCUGGCGGACACUCGUGCCCUUAUCAAGUUGGAGGUCCAGUAUUCUAUAAACGUGUCCUUAUUGGAAUUAUGUCUGAGUGUAAUAGGAAUUAUGUCGGCAACGGCACCCAAUCACUUCUUGUUAGUACAUCAGUAACUUCUUUCACUAAUUGGAUUAUUGAAACGGCUCGUUUAAGAGCUCAGAGCUAA